UUUUAGCAUUUUUUCAUUGUACUCGUACUUUCUAUUAGCGUUGAGUUUUAUAGUAAGAGUAUCUCAGUAUCUGUUGAUUGUUAAACAGAUCGGUCGACGUGCUUGCGGUAGUAUCUUUUAGUGCGUUUGUGCUUGCUGUUUAAUUUUUUUUAUUCGUGUUCAUCUAUAUUUAUUUUAAAACAAAUUCAAUAUGAGGGAAAUCGUUCAUUUACAAGCUGGUCAAUGCGGUAACCAAAUUGGCUCAAAGUUCUGGGAAAUCAUUUCCGAUGAACAUGGCAUUGAUCCCAAUGGCAUGUAUCAUGGUGAAAACGAUUUGCAAUUGGAACGUAUUGAUGUCUACUAUAAUGAAGCUAACAAUGGCAAAUAUGUACCACGUGCAGUAUUGAUUGAUUUGGAACCUGGCACCAUGGAUUCAGUGCGUCAAUCACCUUAUGGUCAACUGUUUAGACCAGAUAAUUUUGUGUUCGGUCAAUCGGGUGCUGGUAACAACUGGGCUAAGGGUCAUUAUACCGAAGGUGCCGAAUUAGUUGAUUCCAUUCUCGAUGUUAUGCGCAAAGAAUCUGAAGGCUGUGAUUGCUUACAAGGUUUCCAAUUAGCUCAUUCUUUGGGUGGUGGUACUGGUUCCGGUUUGGGUACUCUAUUGAUUUCGAAAAUUCGUGAAGAAUAUCCCGAUAGAAUUAUGAAUACAUUCUCUGUUGUACCUUCUCCUAAGGUUUCCGAUACAGUUGUUGAACCAUACAAUGCCACAUUGUCGAUUCAUCAACUUGUCGAAAAUACCGACGAAACAUUUUGUAUUGACAACGAAGCAUUGUAUGACAUCUGUUUCCGUACAUUGAAGCUGUCAUCGCCAACCUAUGGAGAUUUGAAUCAUCUUGUUUCUGUUACAAUGUCUGGCGUUACCACCUGUUUACGUUUCCCCGGUCAAUUGAAUGCUGAUUUGCGUAAAUUGGCUGUUAACAUGGUACCAUUCCCACGUUUGCACUUCUUUAUGCCUGGUUUUGCACCAUUAACCGCCAAGGGUUGCCAACAAUAUCGUGCUUUAACUGUAGCCGAAUUAACCGCUCAAAUGUUUGAUGCCAAGAACAUGAUGACUGCCUGUGAUCCCCGACAUGGACGUUAUCUAACCGUGGCCACUAUCUUCCGCGGUCCCAUGUCAAUGAAAGAAGUCGACACACAAAUGUUCAAUGUACAGAGUAAAAAUAGCAGUUAUUUCGUUGAAUGGAUUCCAAAUAAUGUUAAGGUUGCUGUUUGUGAUAUUCCACCACGUGGCAUGAAAAUGUCUGGUACAUUUAUUGGUAAUACUACCGCUAUUCAGGAAAUAUUCAAGAGAAUAUCGGAACAAUUUACUGCUAUGUUCCGUCGUAAGGCUUUCUUGCAUUGGUUCACUGGUGAGGGUAUGGAUGAAAUGGAAUUCACUGAAGCUGAAUCGAAUAUGAAUGAUUUGAUAUCGGAAUAUCAACAAUACCAGGAGGCAACCACUGACGAUGAUGUUGAAUUCGAUGAAGAACAAGAAGAACAUGAAGCAUAUGAAGCUGAUUUACAAAAUGGUGGCAUGUAAAUACAAACAAAAUGUUUGUAUAUGUGUAAAUGUAAGUGUGUGUAUGUGUGUAUGGGUGUGCUAGUGUGUUUACACAUAUACCCUACAGCCAAAUUAUGUUGUUCGUCAAUAUCGAAAUACACCCACAGAUACAUACUUACAAAAACACACAUCAUUGCAAUACCAAUACAACACCAUAAACAAUAACAACUACUAUAUGCAAGUACAACAUACAUUACCAUUUUUGUAAGGAGAAGGCUUUCGACAAAACACAAACCACACACUGUUCUUCCCUCCUACUAGGAUUCCUACCUUCCUUGAAAAAAAAAUUAAAAAAUACAAUGCAACAAAAUAUUAAAUCUUAUUUUCCUCAACAUUCAA